CAACACUCUACUCUCCUUCGACUCUGCAGCAAGUUCAUUUCGUUCUUUCAGACUUAACACCCAGUCUUUCCUUUCUUUUCUUGUUUUCCUGUUUGUUUCUGGUUCGUCUCUUUGACUGUGUUUUCACUUUCCAAGGUAUUAGGUAUCAAAAGUAUAAUAAACCUAAUCGACACUAUUUAACCUCCUGACACCACCUACUAGAACUGCCACAUACCAUACCAGCCUGUCAACAUGAUCCUCGCUUGUUGAUCCUUUCUCUCCCCUUCCUCGGACUGGUGCCAUCUGGCAGGGGCAUGUGCAUUCGGCUGGGCCGUCAUCCUUUACUACAGCAAACGAAAAAGAAAUCACAUGUCAACCACAUCGCCACCUCUUCUUCGCAACAUGAACAUGUCCAUAUCUUCUGGCCCCGGCCCAGAGCAAGCAUAUUUCUCACCCGGAGUGAACACUACAUCAUCCAAAAUUUACCCGACACUGGAGGUCACCGAGAUCAGCCUACCGCCACCGCCGUGCAUGGAUGUCCUGGAUCGCAGCCCUAGACGCAAACGAACCCCAUCACCGUCGUCGCCUGCAACUACAACAGCAACGACCUCCUCCUCCUCCUCCUCCUCCUCCUCAUCUUCCACCUCUCGUCACCACCGAAAAACCAGUCUGCAAAGUCGCCACAGCUCUCUCCACUCGCACCGGCGCACCGCCACCUCAGCCACCACCACUGUCUCCAUUACCCCGAUCGCAGACCAGCCCACCAGACGGGAGGACCUGUUAGCUCUGCACCGAGAAUCCUGUCGAUUGUUCCAGCAGCAGCAGCAGCCGCUAAGCCCAACCACGAGCCCAUCGACUCCACGCAACCAGCGCUCGCCCAGCACCAGUUCCAACCUCACCACCAACCCCCAGCGCAACUCGCCCAUCUCAAUCCGGGAUGUGCACAAAACCCCCGUCCGCGCAUCCACGCUGCCGGUCUGGGACCGUCCCGACGACCACCCCUCCAAAACAACAGUGACAGUCAUCGACUGGACCAGCCCGUCCACGCGGCGGCGCGAGUACGAAAAGAUCGACAAGGCCAGCAGCGGGGUGCGCGGGUUCUGGCGCCGGGUGGCGCCGAAAUGGUGUCAGUCGCGGGCCCGGCGCAUGCCCUUCUUUGAGGAGAAGGAUGGCAAGGGCAAUUACGAGGGGAGCGUGAGACGGUUCCGCAUGGAUCUCCCGGAGUAGCGGACUGCUUUGAAUUCUUAUAUAUAGCCUUGAUACCCAUAGAUUGUCCAUCGUUUUACUACUGCUUAUACACAGCUCACUGUUGAGUCUGUCUGGCUACUCAGCGUUCAGCUGACUUCUGACUUUAUUUAUACACUAAAU